UUCUGGAGAAACGAAACUAGCCUCUGUCCUUUGAAAGCACGCCCCCUUUCGUUACUCCAUCCAUUGUCACGCGAGAAAAUAAAACCGAGACAGGCUCAAAAGUACGCAUUCAUAUCCAUACUUACAAGGACAGGACAACAUGGGAUUGUUGACCAUUUUAGCUGUUGCCGGUGGCGCAACUGGUUCGGUGGUUCUGGCUCCGGUGGUCUUGGGGGCCGUCGGCUUCACUUCAGCUGGGAUAGCAGCAGGCUCGUAUGCGGCGAGCAUGAUGUCAGCCGCCGCUGUCGCCAACGGAGGAGGGGUGGCGGCAGGUAGCGCGGUGGCUGUCUUGCAGUCUGUCGGAAUGGCUGGUUUGUCAACCGCUGCCUCUGCAGCUGUGGCCGGUGCAGGAGGAACUGUGGGAGCGGUCGUUGCUGCACUCAUCUGAGGCCAAACCUUUUUGGGAAAUGGGAUAACAUUUCAUAUAUUAUUUCAAUGAUAUAAUAAGAAUAUGUGUCCAAUCAAUAAAGACCCCACUUUUGGCUGCAGUUCA